AUGAUAAGCCAUGCACCUGCCGCGGUCACUACCGUCCGCGGGUUCCAGACUACACCUGCUACUUCAGGCGACGAAGACUCCGACCACGGACACAGCGAGGCCCCUACUCCGCGGCGUAAGACCCCCGGCCGAAACCUCAUGGUUAAUGAUGUUGUGAGCGCCAACUGCAGCCCUACCUUCCGCGCCCAUCCCUCGCCCGCCAUGUCGGGCAUCGCCAAACUGCGCAUGCAGAUGGAGCCUCUGAGCCUUGAUGGAGGGUCCCCAUGCCACUCCAUGAGUCGUGCUGGAAGUCAACAGGGUCUGGCGCUCGAGUUUCGAAAGCAAAUGAUCAGCCGUACGCACAGUCGAGAGGAUGUUCGCAGCGAGGCUGGUAGCGAGAUGUCAGACAGCUCUAUUAGUUACGAGGUUAACCUCGAGCACGAUUUUGCUAGCGAGAGUGUUCGGGAGCGUAGUGGAUAUCUCGAAACCCUAGAGGGCGGCCUUGCGCCAAACCGUAAGAUGACGUCGGAGGACUUUGAACAGCUGCGAUGUCUUGGCAAGGGUACCUAUGGUACUGUAUUGCUCGUCAAGCAACGCGCGACUGGGAGACUCUACGCCCAGAAGCAGUUCAAAAAGGCCUCGCUUGUCGUCCACAAGAAGCUCGUUGAGCAGACCAAGACUGAGCGACAGAUUCUUGAGUCCGUCAACAGACAUCCAUUUGUUGUCAAGCUGUUCUAUGCCUUCCAAGACCAAGAGCAACUAUACCUCAUUCUCGAAUACGGACAGGGCGGUGAGCUCUUCACCCAUCUCAACACCGAAAAGAUGUUCUCCGAGGAUGUGGCCGCAUUCUACAUGGCGGAGAUGCUUCUAGCCAUCUCACAUCUUCACAACGAUCUCGGCGUGGUCUACCGCGAUCUCAAGCCGGAAAACUGCCUUUUAGAUGCUGAAGGCCACCUCCUCCUGACUGACUUUGGUCUUUCCAAGGUCUCGAUCGACCAGAAUGAGAGCUGCAACUCGAUGCUGGGAACUGUCGAGUACAUGGCGCCCGAGGUGGUCCUUGGAAAGAAGUAUGGAAAGGCAGUCGACUGGUGGUCGUUUGGAGCCCUCGGAUAUGACCUUAUGACUGGAAAUCCACCUUUCCGCGGCCAAAACCACGCCAAGAUCCAAGACAACAUCGUCAAGCAGAAGCUGGUUCUUCCUUAUUUCCUGAGCCCUGAUGCUAAAGACCUGCUCACCCGACUUCUUCGCAAGGACCCCAGCAAGCGUCUCGGCGCCGUGAUGCCCAAGGAUCUGGCGACGAUGAAGAGUCACCGGUUCUUUCGCAAGAUUGACUGGAAGAAGCUGGCGGAGCGCGAGCUUGAGCCACCAAUCCAGCCCAUGAUCACGGAUCCUGAGCUAGCCGAGAACUUCGCCCCAGAGUUUACGGAGUUGUCCAUCAGCCCGGUGCUACCAAACAAGGAGGCCUGGCCUCGAAGUCUCCCUAAGGAUGAGCUCUUUGGAGGAUUUAGUUUUGUUGCAUCUUCAAGCCUGUUGAAUGAAGACCGAUUUGCCGCUUUUGCCCACAGCUGA